AUGUCACAGACUACUCCUAGAGUACCGCUCAUCAGCAUGCCCAGUCAGCAUGCCCCAAAGCGAAAAGCAGCAAAGACCACCGACACCGACGCCGACGACAUCCAAAUCAUCAGUGUCAAAAAGCUCAAAGCGUCACCUACCGCCGACAGCACCGAAGCCGCCACCAACGCCCCCUUCAAACUCCUCGUAAAGCUAGACCCAAAAUUCAAAGUCUUCCCACUAGACCUUCAAUCCCUCCUACAGGAAGCCUACAAGCAAACCCUAUACACCUACCAAGCCGCACUGCGGCAGAAGACUCUCCAGAAAAGCCCAGAUACCAAGUACAAGCUGGUCGCUGGCGAGCGCGCACGCUCCGAGACACUUAUAUUCACAUCCAACGUGAUUCAGCACAACGUUCUCGACAAAAACAUGGCUAAUGCAUUCCUCAUGGAGCAUCUACUUGGCAUACCAGGGCUCAUGGCUGAAAAACGCGGGUUCGUACAGACGGAUACGAAUAACAAUGUGGCGAACCCGGCUUUUUUAAGACUGCAUCUGGCGAGGCAGGGAGAGAUUGCGUGGGGGUUUGAUGCGGAUGGCUGCCUUUCUUUUUAUUGUGCCAGGGUGGAGCGGAAUAGCCUCGUGGAGAGGGUGUGGUAUGUUGUCAGGGAUGAGGUUAAGAUUGAGGUGGAGGAGUGA